AUGCAGAUAUACUUGGCCAACCAAGAGAAAUUUCACAAAGAAGCUCACAACCAUUACUGGAAAGCAAUAGCUGAGAUAAUUCCUCGCGAGGUUCCUAAUAUCGAGAAGAGAAGAGGGAAGAAAGAAGCUGAGAAUAAGCCUUCUGUUCAUGUUAUUCAAGGUCCAAAGCCAGGAAAACCUACUGAUCUUGCAAGAAUGCGCCAAAUGAUUUUGAAGCUUAAACAGAACCCCCCUUCUCAUAUGAUGCCUCCCCCACCCAAAGAAGAGAAAGAUGCAAAAGAAGGCAAAGAUAACAAAAAUGCAAAGGAAGGGAAGGAUGAUAAGGGUGGAAAAAGCUCAACACCAACUGCAACAACAGGUGUUGUAGGAAAUAAACCUACUUCCCCUGCCAAAGAUGUUGCUCCUGAAGGUGAAGCACAAGAUCCUGCUAUUGUUGAGGGUGAGCAAGUAGCUAGUUCGGAACCAAAAGCUGCUUAGUGAUGAAGGCAUUAUUGUUUUUUAUAGCAAUUCUUUUUUUAAUAUAUUUUGUAUUCUUUUGAUCUUGCUAACUUUUGUUGCUAUAUUGAUGGAGAAUAAGUGGUGGCCAAAUGAAGAUACUUUAGGCUUUGCAGAAUGCCCAGUGGAGAGCUUUAAUCCAAACUGUUAUCCUAGAAUUGUAGGUUUUAGAUGCAAAUCUUUUGGUGCCAUCUUACAUUAAUACUUCCUAUUAAA